AUGUUCUAUUUAACAUUGUUAGGGCUUAUUUCCCAAAUACUUUAUGCAUCUGCCAUUACUUUAGAUGUAGACUCCAAAGACUCCGUGUGUGAGGCAACGGCCUUGAUUCAAAAGGGUAUGCUAGAUUACUACCAAGGUACCCGUUAUGGUGGUACUGUAGGUAUGUUUCAACCACCAUACUAUUGGUGGGAAGCUGGGGAAGCCUUUGGUGGGAUGUUGGAGAAUUGGUACUUGUGUCAAAAUGAUACAUUCGAAUCUUUAAUUUCCGAUGCUUUAAUAUACCAAGCAGGUUCUAACUACGAUUACAUUCCAAGCAACCAAACUUUGGUCGAAGGUAAUGAUGAUCAAGGUGUUUGGGGGUUGACCGUAUUAGGUGCAGUAGAACGUAAUUUACCUGAUAGAGAUGGGGUACCAGGUUGGUUAGCAAUUUCGCAAGCAGUUUUUAACACAAUGUAUGCGAGAUGGGAUACUGCCUAUUGUGGCGGAGGUCUUAGAUGGCAAAUUUAUACAUGGAAUAGUGGUUAUAACUAUAAAAAUACAAUUUCUAAUGCUUGUCUUUUCCAAAUAGCAGCUAGAUUAGGUAGAUAUACUGGUAAUAAUACUUACUUAGAAGUUGCCGAAAAGGUGUUUGAUUGGAUGGUUGACGUUGAAUAUAUUGUUUUAAAAGAUGUCGCCAAUGUUUACGAUGGUGCCACUACGAAUUAUAACUGUUCUGAUAUUGUUCAAUACGAAUGGUCCUAUAAUCAUGGUGUAGUUUUAGGUGGUUUGGCCUAUAUGUAUAAUGCUACCAACGGUACGUCAAAAUGGGAAACUGCUUUGACUCAAGUAUUGAGUGGUGCUACAACCUAUUUUUUUAAAAACAAUAUAAUGUAUGAAAGUGCAUGCCAAGAAGCUAAAACGUGUAAUACUGAUCAAAGAUCUUUUAAAAGUAUUUUCUCUAGAAUGCUGGGAUAUACAAGAGUGUUAGCACCAUAUACAGCUGCUACCCUUGAUACAUUAAUAGAAACUAGUGCAAAAGCAGCCGCUGGCUCAUGUGAUGGUGGUACAGAUGGUGUUACGUGUGGUUUAAGUUGGUUUGAUUCAACCAAUGAUGGAUAUUAUGGUUUAGGUGAACAAAUGAGUGCUUUAGAAAUCAUUAAUCAAUUAUUAGUAAGCUCAUCAGGAGCCGCAGCCGAAGCUGCUUCAUCGGGUUCCGCAUCAUCACCAUACACCUCUUCAUCGGGUGGUAACUCCACUGGUGAUGCUUCUGCAGGUUUAAAUACUACUUCCACUAAUGUAUUACAAAAUAAUUUAGAUAUCGAAAGUAAAGAUAAAGCGGGUGCCGCUGUCGCAACUGCUGUAAUUCUAGCUGUACUUGUGGGCGGUUCAGUCUGGAUGUUAUUCUAA